AUGGCGCCGUUAGACCUCGGCGCGUUCCACGCCGCGCCGCCGCCGCCGCCGCCGCCGCCGGGCGCGGAGGUCGAGUCGACGACGGAGACGGAGGCGCCGUGGACGUGGCCGCGCCCGGGGGUGCCGAUAUACCGCGACGUCGUCAUCAAGGCGUCCGCGAUGUGCAAGGACGAGACGGAGCAUCCGGAGGGCUGCGUCGUCGAGUGCGCGCGGAAGAGCUUCGUGCUGAUCCCGGAGUCUGGGAGAGUGACGCUGCACGGGCUGCGGUUGAAGAACGGCGGCGGGCGGCUCGGCGGGUUCGUGUUUAUCCAAGCCGGAGGGAGCGGGCACUUCGAGGACGUCGUCUUCGAGGGAAGCGCGUACCCGCCGGGGUCCGGGUACCACGCGACGCAAUCCGCGGGCGCCGGGAUUUUUUUGUCAAACGUCAACCGCAAAGACGGGAACAAACCGCAUAACAUAACGUUCGUCCGAUGUGCGUUCAUCGAUAACGUCGUCGCGGACGGCGACGGUGGCGCCGCGUGGGUCAGAUCCGCGGCAGACGGCUGGGUCAUAUUCGACGAGUGCGUGUUCAGAGGCAACGCCGCGACGACGGGGCAAGGCGGCGCGGUGUUCGCCACCGGCGGAAAAAUCAUCUUCGCCGCGUGCGACUUCAUAAACAACACCGCGCUCGCCGGCGGCGGGAUCUUGCUCAAGGACGGCGGGUUGAUAGGAGGGGUCCUCUUCGACGGCAACAACGCCACCGCGCGCAGCGGCGGCGCGCUCUUCAUCCCCGGGUGGAACGCGCUCGUGCAGGACAGCAAGUUCACGCGCAACGAGGCGGCGAUCGAAGCCGGCGCGAUGUUCGUGUACGGUCGCGCGGCGUUGUUCGACAACCUUUUCGAAGAGAACGUCGCGCGCGGCCCGGGGGCGUACGGCGACGUGUACAUGUGCAGCAACGCGAGCGCGUGCACGGCGUACACCCCGGAGACGCGAGCGUUUUACGGCCCCACGAAAGGCAAGGGCCCGUACGACGACCUCGACGAGAGGCCGCCCGUGCUCGAGCCGAACCAGGGAUACUUGGACCGGCAGGAGACGGGCACCGCGGACAUCGAGGGCGUCACCGGCGGGAUGACGGUCGCGGUCGACGACGACGCGAACGACGGUGGCGCGCGGGUGGGGUACGUCGAGGACCCGAACUACGACGUCGGGACGUGGCUCGUGCAGGGCGGGGAGUCGUACCAGGGCUCGACGGAGGACCACGGCGCGAAGUACCUGCCGCCGGGGUGGUCGUACCAGUUCCGCGCGCCGGAGUACCGACCGGAGGGGUACUGAUGACCUCGACCCGUCUCUCUCGCGCGACGAGAGAAGAGACGCGCGCGAGUGGUACGCGCGCACGCGUACUCACGCGUACUCGUACAGUGCCGCGUCCCGUUACAACAGCAAGAUGGUAGACCUUAGACUUAAUGAAGUGGUCGCAUACUCGUACAACCGACGUUCGCCCGCCGACACCGCGCGCUCCGCCGCCACCGCCGUCGACGCCGCCGCCGCCGAAGCCCGUCCGUCCUCGAGAGACGACGACCGCUCCGUUCAACACGCGGACGGGAGCGCGCGGGAAGUCGUCUCGCCGUCCGUCUCCGUCGCGCCGCUCCAGUGCGACGUGAGCUCCGCGACGUCCCACCUCGACACCGCGCCGUCGCCGUCGCCGUCGAAGACUCGAACCAUCGCCUCGGCUUCCCGCUCGGCGCUCGCGCUCGCGGUUCUCGCCUCGAGGACGACGCGGACGUCCGACGCGGUGAUCAGUCCGUCGCCGUCGCGGUCGACGGCGGCGAAGAACGCGUCGUCGUUCGAGAUUAAGCUCGAACCCGACCCCGGCUCGACGCGGUACGUUUCGAGAAUCUCGCGCCACCGCAGACGCGCGAGGUGCCGCAUGACGAGAAUCUUGAACGGGACGCCGUCGGAGGAGUUGAUGACCGCCGCCGCGGGGCCGCCGCCGCCGCCGCCGCUCCUCGCCGCUUCCGCUUCCGCGAUGCACGCCUCGUCCUCCGGAUCGCACUCGGCGUGAUGCACGGCGUUCGAGAUCCUCGCGCCGAUGUCGCGAAACACCGGGAUGUCGUCCGCGCCGUCCAACAGCCCCGCCCACGUCACGACGCGGUACGUCGCGUCC